AUGAAGUCGGGCAGUGGUGACGAUGCCAUGGGGAAAAGUCGUGGAGGUGUGGUGGGACAUGGGAUGAGUGAGGCGGUCAGCGGUGGAAGCAGCAGCAGCAGCAGUGGAUCACAGCAAAGCGGAGAAGCCAAACUUGGAGGUCAACAAUCAGCGCUGACGACUGGGUUUCACUCAAGUCUCUCCAGCUAUAAAGGGGAGAACGGCCUGGGUGCGGCGUCCUCCAUGGCCUCUCUGUCCAGGGAGCGUGUUCGUGGACGAGGCAUCAAAGACUGUCCCUACUGUGGGAAAGCUUUCCGCUCCUCACACCAUCUCAAAGUUCACCUGCGAGUCCACACAGGCGAGCGGCCAUACAAGUGCCCACACUGUGACUACGCGGGGACUCAGUCUGGCUCUCUGAAGUACCACCUGCAGAGACAUCACCGAGAGCAGAGGAACGCUUUAGCCGCCGCCGCCAACGCCACGUCUGGACUCAGCGCGGGACUCAACAGCCUGGCCUCUGGGACCUCUUUGCUCGUUAAACAGCGCAGGACUCAGCAAAGCCACGGACCAAUCAACCGUGCCGCUGCCGACGCCCCUACAUCCAGGUCCGCAACCAAUCAGCAGCAAACGUUCGGCCUCAUGUCACUUCCCGACCAACCGGACCACCGCAAAGCCAUGGAUUUGGAAAGCCAGUACCGCUACCUGUCAGGAAUGAUGGGAACUCUUUACCAAGAAGGGAACUGGAUCAGAGAAUCUCCUCCUCCAAAAGCAGCCAAAGUGUCUCGACGCAAACCGCUAACCACGAGUCGAAUGGUGCAACCGGUGAAAGACGGCGAAAAGGCUUCAGAGGUGAAAUUCGAACCACUGGAUUUGUCUAGGAGACCAGAAGAAGACGGUUUGAUGGCGUUUGGGGAUAUGGAAAGCGAGCAAAGCGACGUCCAACUUAGCGAAUGCGUUUUCUGUCCGUUCCGCACGUCAUCGGCCGAGCUGAUGACGAUGCACCUGCAGGUCAACCACACCAGUAAGUCCAGACGCAAAAGAAGUUCGCCAGUGGCUUUGAGCGAAGACGGCGACGCAAAGUUUGCCAAGUUGGAAGCUUCCAAUCCGGAUUCUCCAGGAUUAUGGAAAGAUAUAGGAAGUUUGGAACACCGAGCGCCUUUGGAUGAUUGGUCAACAAACGGCGAACUACCUGAAAACGUAGGAUUGGAUUUCAAGGAGAUGGAAGACGACAUUGAAGAUCAGGAUUUUGCCGAGAAUUUGGAUGAAACCAGCUUGGAAAAUUCACCCGAACACGAUCAAGACACGGCCAUGUCCGCGAGUGUAUCCCCCGCACCAAUGUCCAACGUGGACGACGAUGAAGAAAUGGAUUAA